AUGGCGGCGGGCAGCAGCACGUCUUCCUCACUGACGUCGACAACCAACACGCUCACUUUCGCUCCCGGUAUGGCCGCCCAGCUCCCCCCCGGCGGCGUCGCCGACGUGCGAGCCCUCUACGACAACUUGAGCGCCGAGAAACGUCACGCCUUUCUCCAGCCGCCGCCCGCGAUCCCGUCCGCCUCGCUGCAGGUCGUCAAGGACACCUUGGACGCUUUUGCCGGCCAGAUCAGCGACGAGCAGCUGCGCCUACUGAAGGAGGCGUCAAAGAAGCGCAAGCGGGCUGACGGCAGCGCACGGGUCGACGUUCUCAAGAUCCGAAAGGUCCAUGUCGACGGUUUCGAAACGGGCCAGGUCUGGCAGCAAGCUCGCCGCAUUAUCCAGAGCGCCCUGAACCACUCCAAGGAGACGCUACAGGAGCUCGAGGAGCGAAAGGAGAUUGUUACAAGAAGCGUCAUCGGCGAGGAGAGCCUCGUCGAUUCUGACGCGGAAGAUUCCGAAAUUGACGACGACGACGACGAGGACGACAACGACGACGAGGACUCGAGUGACGAUGACGAGCUCUCAGGCUCCGAACUGGAGGGUGUGGAGGAGGACUCCGACGAAGAACAUGUUGACGGCUCUGAUGUCGAGGGACUUACCGGAGAUCUCGAAGAGGACGACGAAGAGGUUGAGAACGAAGAUGAGGAAGAAGAGGAAGAGGACGACGAAGAAGAGUACGUCGAGGACCCCAACGGCCUCAACGAUGGAUUCUUCUCCAUCGACGACUUCAACAAGCAGACGCAGUGGUUCGAGGAGCAGGACGCGCGAGGAGAUCCCAACACGGAUGCCAACAGCGACGACGAAGACAUCGACUGGACCGCCGACCCGCUAGCGCCAUCAAGCAAGUCAAAGUCUUCAAAACGCAAGAACGAAGAUGAGAUGGAGGAGGAUGCUGGCUCUGACGAGGAAGAUGAAGAAGAGGACGGGCCGACGUUUGGCGACAUGGACCUCGACGCCCCCGAAGGCGCAAGUGAUGACGAGGAUAUGGACGAUGCUAUGGAGGAUGACCAAGAGUUUAACGCCAACGGUAUCUACUUCAAGGACUUUUUCGCGCCGCCGGCGAAGAAGGCUUCCAAGGACGGCAAGUACAAGAAGAACAGAUCCGUACGCUUCGCGCCCAAAAAGGUUACCGAUGAGGAUGUCGAGCGUGCUAUGGAGGACGUCAAGAGGGAUCUCUUCCACGACGAGUCUGACCACGGAGACGACUCGGACGACGCUCUCUCGGACGUGUCGGCCGGCGAUCCGAGAUCCCGUCGAUCGGCUCACGAGAGGCGUCAAGCGAAGCUCGCCGAGGAGAUCCGCAAGCUCGAGGCGGAGUCCGUGGCCAAGCGCCAGUGGACAUUAACAGGUGAGGCCUCCGCCGUCGAGCGGCCGAUGAACUCGCUGCUGGAGGAGGACCUGGCAUUCGAGCACCUCGGCAAGCCGGUGCCCGUCAUCACGGCCGAGGUCAGCGAGGGCAUCGAGGACCUUAUCAAGCGGAGGAUUCUGGCGCAGGACUUUGACGAAGUGCUCCGACGUCGGCCGGACGCGGACCUGCCGGCGAACACGCGGCGCGGGCUCGUGGAGCUGGACGACUCCAAGUCGGGCAAGGGUCUUGCGGAGAUCUACGAGGAGGAGCACAUCAAGAACGCGGACCCCGACAACUACGUCAGCAAGUCGGACGAGAAGCUGCAGCGGGAGGAGCAGGAGGUGGAGAAGAUGUGGAAGGAUCUCAGUGCCAAGCUGGACUCGCUCAGCAGCUGGCACUACAAGCCCAAGGCGGCGGCGCCGUCGCUCACGGUGGUGUCGGACGCGGCGACGAUCGCGAUGGAGGACGCGCAGCCAACGACGGCGCAGGGGGUCAGCGGCGGUCAGAGCAUGAUCGCGCCGCAGGAGGUGUACAAGGCCGGCAAGGACACGGCGGAGGCGGGCGAGGUGGUGGGCAAGAGCGGGUUGCCCAUGGCGCGGCAGGAGAUGUCGCGCGAGGACAAGGUGCGCCGGCGUCGGCGCGAGAAGGAGCGGAUCCGCAAGGCGGGCGGCACGGACAAGAAGCCGCUCAGCAAGAAGGCUCAGAUGCAGAAGGACACGAUGGCGGACCUCAAGAAGGGUGGCGUCAAGGUCAUCAACCGCAAGGGCGAGGUCGUCGACGUGGACGGCAACAAGGCCAAGGCGGUGGCCAAGGCGACGAGCAGCAGCUUCAAGCUGUAA